GAGUCAAAGACAAUGUUCAUUGCUCAGGCCUCGGUCCCAGGUCGGCCAUGGCAAUGUGUGCGUGUGCUCGCUACGGUCGACGGCACACUACUGCGCCGCACGACAUCGAUUCGCGGCUCAAGCGAUCGCCUCAUUCAGUCACCAGUGCGCAGCACCACGGGAAACAAGUGUUUCAAGUUAUACGCGUUUUUUUUAUUUUUAAGUUUUUUUAUGCAACCCUGAGAGAAAGAAAACUAGUUUUAAAACGGACACGAAUUCUGUCUAACUUAGCUAACCAUUGAAAUAGUGCUACGGGAGCUCCGCGCUCGUUCUAGCUAGGUUUGUGUGUUGAGUAAUAUUCUGUGUUAGUUGCAGUGCUUGUGCUUUUGAUAGAAACGGACGAUUUCGUUGUGAACGUGUUCCAAUUUGGGAAUUCACCACGAGCGGGCUCAAAGAGAUUUACAGUCAAGUGGACAGCGGCGGAGGUGGCUCGGCCGAAGUGAUGGUGUACUCUCUCGGCUGGGGCAUGGGCGAGCCGGAGCGGCGUGCCGUGGAUCGCAAGCGCGCCCAGCCGCCCUCCGCCACGCACACGCUCUCCCCAGACGAAGGUCAUGAGGUCGAUGUCUUACCCUUACAUAAUCAGGUGGGCGGUCACACGAGGCUGUUGGUGCUCAACGACAGCACGGUUAUCAAGCCCCUCAACAUCCGCGAGCUGCAUUUCUACCAGAACAUUCCCGAAGAUAUACAGAACUUCGUGCCUCGGUACAAAGGAGUGAUGCAGGCUUCUAACACUGGUGAACAGAAAUUGGACAAACGCUACUCGCCAUGUUUCCGCGACGAGAACGGGCGCAAGCAGUCCCUGGGCGGCAAGCGCAAGCGAGACGACGUAUUCAAAUUUAAAGUUCAUCGGAACGGCAAUGCCAGUGAAGUUCUAAAGAGCAUUGCCCACAUGGACAAUUCUAACAAACAAUAUUUCCUGAUGAUGGAGAACAUAACAUCAUCGUACCGUCGGCCGUGCGUGCUGGACCUGAAGAUGGGCACGCGGCAGCACGGAGACGACGCCUCUGCGGAGAAGCGCACCAAGCAGAUCGCCAAAUGCGCGGCCAGCACGUCCGCCACGCUCGGUGUACGUCUCUGCGGCAUGCAGGUGUGGAUGUCAGGCACGGGGGCGUGCGUGCGGCGCGACAAGUACUGGGGGCGCGCGCUGACGGAGGCGGGGCUGCGCGACGCAUUGCGCGACUUCUUCGCAGCGGGCGGCGGACUGCGUGCGCGCGUCGUGCGCCGCGUGCUGCGCGACCUCGACGCCCUGCGGCGCGCCGUCGCCAAGCAGACUAGCUACAGAUUCUACUCAUGCUCCCUUUUAAUAGUAUACGAGGGUGACGUUGCGAAUCUGUCGACGGACGAGAGCGGCACCUCCGAGUACGACCCGGACGCGUCGAGCAGCUCCGCCGAGCUGGUGCCCUCACCCGCACCCUCGCCCUCCCCGGCGCCCUCGCCAGGACAUUUCGACAUGUCCACGCUCACCGACGAGAUGCCCUCGCCCAGGGAACCCUUCACGCACUCGGAGGAGACUAUGGGAGGGUACGAGGAGGGCGAGGUGUCGCACUCGCUGCGCCCACACCCGCCCAGCCCCGACUCCGCGGACAGCUGGAUGGCGUACUCGAGCAGCGAGUCGUGGCGCGGCGAGGAGCCUGAAGAAGAGACCAACAAGCGACCGCGCACCCGCGACCCGUGGAGCGAGCCGCCGCCCACCGAGCGCGUCGACAUCCGCAUGAUAGACUUCGCGCACACCGCGUACGCCGGCGCCGCAGCCGAGUCGCCGCUCGCCACCGCCUUCCCGCACCACGGCCCCGACUGCGGCUUCCUCACCGGCGUCGACAGCCUGAAGCGUCUGCUCACCGAGAUCCUGCUGCCCUACAGUUAGAGCCGGCGCCCGCCCGCGCGACGCCAACACGAGCCGGGGCCGCGCCGGCGGACCACUGCCACCUCGGAAGUGUAAAUUCUUCUUUGGAUGACGUCACGCUCGCCUCCUCGCCUCGUCGCUGGACUUCGCGAGGACAGAGUUUGAAGUGAUUGCAUCCGGUGCGGGGUCGUGUGCCUUUGUAUGCAGCCAUUCUACAACACACGUAGAUGUUCGCCGGACGAGGCCGCGGGCCCGGCGACUUCGGCACGUUUCAAACUCUCAAAGUAUUUACGGUUUGCCUUACACGGCGAACGUUAUUGACUCGGAAUUAAAAAAAAAACUAUUUUCUUCAAAAAAACUUUUGGAACCGUUCGACUGAUAUAUGAAAUAAAAAUAGUGAAAUUAUAAAAUGACUAUGUGUUUACAUAAAAAGGACUCUCCAGGGUAAUUUCGCUGUGCACCACUCAUCCGUACCUCGUGCUUUCUAGAGAUAAUUGUGUUUAUUCUUUUUAUGUAAUUACAUGGUAGUUAUCGCACAUAGUGAAUGUUGGCGGUAAAUUGUAAAUUGUUAAUUUUAUAUUAACAUUAUUAUAAUUUAAUGUGGGACCCAGUAGGUAUUUUUAACACGUUGUAUUUUUAAGUAUUAUUUUAAGUUAUUCCAGAUUCAGGCGUUAUUUAUAUUUGACUUGGGUUCAACCUGUCUAGUUCUCCCUUAAGGGAGGUAUUAUACAUUUGUAAAUUGUAACAAAAUAAGUAGACAUUCCUUGAUGCUGUUAUAGAUACUGUAGCGAAGUAAUGUAGUUGUCUCCUUUACCACCCGCACCUGUCUACUCCACCUUUCCUACCACCUUUUGCAUUUAACUCGUUUUUAAUGUAACCAUAAUCACUGUUUGUUUAUAUGUUUGUGUAAAAUUAUAACCUCCUUCAUUAUUUCUCAGCUCAGUCAAUGAAGCCAAAGUAAUAUUAGAAUAUAGAUUGGAUUUUCUACGUGAACUUGUUUUUAAUAAUAUAGAUUAUUGUUUGAGUGUCUAACUCUCUAGAUCAUUGUUUGUGAACAAAUGUAAAUAGCUCUAUGUGUGUCUGUAAUAAAAUGUUUAUAGUAUUGUUUAUUUGGUUUUGUAAAAUCGGAAAUGUGCAGUUAGUGUUUCCAAAAGAUACAAGAUGGCGCUCACCGAUGUAUAUUAAAAAUAUUUACGAAGAUUUGUUAGUUUGUGUACUGGAACGAUUGAUUGAUUCAAAUGUAACAAAUAAUCUGUAAAAAAA